AUGAGAAAAGAGUUAUUCCUUCGCAUCAUCAAUGCUCUCGAAAAUCAUUCUGUCUAUUUUACAGAAAGAGUUGACGCGGUUGGUAGAAGCUCUCUUACUCCACUUCAAAAAUGUGUUGCUGCCAUUCGAUUGUUGGCUUAUGGAGUGGCUGGUGACAUUGUAGAUGAAUAUGUGCGCAUUAGUGGAUAUACAACGAUACAAUGCUUAAAGAAAUUUUGUAAGUGUGUCAUCGCGAUAUUUGAACCUGAAUACUUGAGAAGGCCAACUGUGGAUGACAUCCAACCUUUGCUUCAAAUAGGGGAAGCUCGUGGAUUUCCAGGUUCUAACAAUAACAUCAAUGUACUAGAUCGAUCCCCGAUAUUCGAUGAGUUACUUGAAGGUCGAGGCCCAGAUAUCCAAUACACUGUAAAUGGAAGCAUGUAUAAUAUAGGAUAUUAUCUUGCAGAUGGUAUUUAUCCUGAAUGGCCAGUUUUCGUCAAAUCCAUCCCUCGAGCGAAUAUGCUGUUAGAGAAAAGAAAACUAUUUUCUCAAUAUCAAGAAGGUGCAAGGAAGGAUAUAGAACGGGCAUUUGGGGUGCUCCAAAAGAGAUUCGCAAUUGUUUGCAACCCGGUACGUUUAAGGGAUAAAACUGAAGUUGGGGAUAUCAUGAAAGCAUGUAUAAUAUUGCAUAAUAUGAUUAUUGAGGAUGAAAGAGAUGAUAAUGGAAUCACCCCUACUGUUCAAUAUACGGUAUCAAGAAAUCAAAAUGAAAGCCCGCAACUUCGCACUGGUCUGCAUAGAAGUUAUUAG